AGGUUGUCCAGACGGUUGCCACCGAUCCUACUACUAAUAUGUAACAAGUCAAACAAGAAGCAAGCAUUCGGGCGCUGAAGAGAGCUAAAAAAGGCUAAGAGUGGGUUGAGGAAAUCUAAAGUACGCCAGCCACAAGCCGAGUACACAAAAAGAAGUUUUGCCGUAAGGACAGCAAACGAACAAACAAACGAACAAACAAAUACACAUACACAAAUACCAAUGCCAGAACAAGGGAAGCAAACACAAUGUGCCUGUUAGUAACAACAAGAAAAUCAACAAAAACAAGCAACACAGCAAAAAAAACGCCGCUAAUACCACAACGAGCAAUGCGAAGGACGAAGGAAGUAUUCGUUGAAACUAAUGCAAAAGUUCUUGCAUUCGAAACAAACUAGUAGGUACAGGCAGUAGUUGGAAAGUAAAACCACGAAAACUACAAAGCACUGAAAAGGUGAAAUACAACAAAAAUGGUAAUGGUAAUAAAAAUUCCGAAAGUAACUGAAAGCGCUGGGACUAAUUAUCAACACGCAGCAGUAACAAAGUACAGCAUUGUCUAUAAAAGAGGAUAGUAAAAGCGGAAAGCAAGCGAACAAGCAUAAAAGGACCUAACCUUACGUCCUUUGGAAGUAAAGUGAGCGACUAGCAAAAAAUACCGUACAAGUACAAAAAAGCAACAAGAAAGUAAAUAGAAUAACAACGCAGCUUACAAACCAAUUCACAUCAAAAUGGCAGGCUCCUUUCAGAUACCUCUAAUCAAUCUGGAACUGCGUGAAAUCAAGGAUAUCGUAUGGGAGAAAAUACAAGAGCCGGUGAACCAGCGCCGUCUCAUCUUGGUAAUAGUAUCGAUAGCGCUGUUGCUGGACAAUAUGUUGUAUAUGGUGAUCGUGCCGAUCAUACCCGAUUACUUGCGUGAAAUUGGCAGCUUUGAAGUCGGCACACCAAUGCCGCCGCUACUGCGCGAUAACCGCACCGGCGAAAUAAUACCCGUGCACCACGACCAUCACGGUCAGGACUCAGCCACUGGCAUACUCUUCGCUUCGAAAGCCAUUGUCCAACUGAUGGUUAAUCCAUUCUCUGGUGGUCUUAUCGAUCGCAUCGGAUACGAUUUACCCAUGAUGAUCGGUCUAACAAUUAUGUUCUUCUCAACAGCGAUGUUCGCUUGCGGUCGCAGCUAUAGUCUACUAUUCUUCGCGCGUUCACUGCAAGGUGCAGGCUCCGCUUUUGCAGACACAUCAGGCUUGGCCAUGAUCGCUGACCGUUUCACCGAAGAAAAUGAACGCUCACAAGCGCUGGGUAUUGCAUUGGCCUUCAUUAGUUUUGGUUGUUUGGUGGCGCCGCCAUUUGGCGGUGCGCUUUAUCAAUUUGCCGGCAAGGAGGUGCCAUUCCUCAUCUUGGCGCUGGUGUGCCUACUGGAUGGUCUUAUGCUUUUGCUGGUAAUGAAGCCGGUCAAAGAGCAACUGCGCCAAAGCAAAGAGGUGCAACAGCAAUCGAUACCUAUUUGGCGCCUACUCAUGGAUCCCUACAUUGCAGUGUGUGCCGGCGCUUUGACUAUGUCGAAUGUGGCGUUAGCCUUCUUAGAGCCCACCAUAUCACUGUGGAUGGAGGAUAAUCUAACAACAGAGAAUUGGAAAAUCGGUAUGGUGUGGCUGCCCGCCUUCUUUCCACACGUACUAGGCGUCGUCAUCACUGUCAAAAUGGCGAAAAAAUAUCCACAUCAUCAAUGGCUCAUGGCUGCCGUAGGCUUGGCGCUCGAAGGUUUCUCCUGCUUCAUCAUACCAUUCUCCAGCUCCUACAAAAUGCUCAUGUUGCCCAUCUGUGUGAUUUGCUUUGGCAUUGCGCUCAUCGAUACUGCCCUACUGCCUACGCUCGGCUACUUGGUGGACGUGCGCUAUGUAUCCGUUUACGGCAGCAUAUACGCCAUAGCAGAUAUUUCAUAUUCAAUUGCAUACGCAGUCGGUCCGAUUAUAGCGGGCGGCGUUGUGGAGGCAAUCGGCUUUACGGCGCUCAAUUUCAUCAUUGCCUUCUCCAAUUUGCUGUAUGUACCCGUGUUGCGUAAACUACGCAACAUCUACGACUUUAAGCCGUUCGAGAAUGAAGCCAACAUACUAAUGCAAGAUCCACCGAACAAAGAGUAUCAGACAUAUGUGAUGCACGAUCAAAAGCCAGUCGAUGGCGAUUUUAAAAAUCAUCUCGAGUAUGGCCAACAAUAUCAGCAAGAACAAGAAUCGAAUGUGGAUGACAGUAAUUAUGAUUACCAACAACAAGGUGGAUACCAGCAGGCUGAUGGUGGAGGUUAUCAACAACAAAAUCAACAAGGCUAUCAGCAACAGUAUCAGCCUGGCUAUCAGGAGCAGGGUGGCAAUUAUCAGCAGGAAUCGCGACAUCUUCCACAACAACGCGUCGCAAAUCCCUUCCAACAUCAACAGCAGCAACAGGCGCAAAUGAGCGAUGGUGUCGGCAGUGGCGGAAGCAGAGGUCCGGCUGGUCCAGCGAAUCCAUUUAGACAAGGAUUUUAAAAUGUUGUCUUACACAAAAAUAGCGGUAAUCUACAUAUGUUUGUUUAUAUACAUAUAUAUUUGAACGCAUAGUUUAUGUAUUUCGUUGAUUUUCUAAUAAUGUGUAGUUUUGUUGUUGUGGCUAAUAGGUAUAAAAUUACAAACACACAUACAUACCUACAUACAUAUAAGAUGAAAGAGUUGGAGAAAUUCAAAAAACAAAAAGUCAAUAGUUCUUAGAGCAAAAUGGCCUGUACACUAUAACCGAUUAGCAAAUUGAUAUGUAUGUAUGUAGAUAUCUAUGAAUGAAUAGACGUGCUUACACACCGAAAAGCAGAGAAAUAUGCACUCAUGUAAAAACUUUAGAUAAAAGAAUCUCAAAAGUAGUUAAAUAAAUAAUUUUCAAUGCAAGCAACAUAUGCAACUUUUGUAUUAUACACUGAAAAAAAAAAAUUUUACAAAAAUAUAGUAUAUGCGUAAUUCGCAUUUAUCAACUAAAUAUACAUACAUACAUACAUUAUGCAUGAAAAUGCACGCCAGAUAGCAAUAUAUGUUAGUAAUAUGAACAUGUAAGAAUAUAAAUUAUGUAUGAAAGAAGCGCAUUAGUGCGGUUAUUGUGUGUAAAGCUUUGCAAUGUAUGAUGCAAAAAUUCUUAAGCACAAAUUAAUUUAUACAAAUAAUUGGGAGUAGUGAUUGCUUCCUCUUGUCUUGUUUGUCGCAGAGACCAACUCUGAAAAGGACUUGUAAAAUAUAUUUUUUACUCACUAACAGGCAAUUUAUUUUCACUGUAGACAUUGUAUGGCGUGAAUUAAUAUUAUUGAAUAAUUUUUAAGCAAAGUUUUAAUUAAAAUUAAUAAUUUUUGAACUCCGAUUGACAAUAUGUGACUGAAAUUUAA